CGUACAACUCCACCACCACCUCGAAAAAUGCUGGGCCGCAUCCUCAAUUCCAACGGUAAACGGCUGUUGCAGCACCGAGCCUCAUUAAUACAGACAGUACGAAGAGAGUUACCACAGUGGUCACGACGCCAGUAUGCCACCCCUACUCAAUUACCCAACACACAGCCUGAAAAGCUCAAAUCAGCAGCGCAGCAUUUCAAAAAACAGAAGCAUUUACCCUUCUUUCUUGAGUAUUUCAUGUGGGUCGUGUUUGGCUCCGAAGCUCUUCAUUUAAUAUGGCUCAAGAUUGAUCAGCAAGAGUAUGUUGACAAGUCCAGUCACCAGAUUGCAGUCCUGAAAGAAGUCAUACAGCGUCUGGAGCGAGGCGAAUCGGUCGACGACAACUUGCACACUGAGAUAUCCAUGCUACUGAAAAAGAAAGCCGGCAAAAACGAGGAAGACAUGGCAGAAAUAGACGACGAAUAUUUGGAAAAGCGUGAGUAUCUUCUUUUCUUGCUCUAUGUUAUGUAAAACCCGAUGGUAACCUCUCCAUUCCGUAGUGUUCGUUGCCGAACCAUCUACUUCAGCAACCACUGUCUUUGAACCCUCAAAGGAGCCCGCUACAUCUAUACAACCUCUUCCAGUAGAGGCGGGAUCCGAUACGAAAAAGAAACCGGCAUUCUUUCUAUAAAUUCAUCUUUCAAUUUAUAUAUUGUACAUAGCGAUUAUUUGCAAUUCGUUGCAGACAUAAAAGAAUUCAUAGACAAUGCAAGGCAUACUAGUUUG